AUGCUCCGCCCGGCGCGGCCUGGCGCGGCGCAGCAGGGCACGGGCGCAGCGCGCAGGCGCGCGGGGCACCCGGGGCACCCGGGGCUACCGGCGCUAGCGGCCAUGGAGCGGAAAGUGCUGGCGCUGCAGGCCCGAAAGAAGCGGACCAAAGCCAAGAAGGACAAGGCCCAGAGGAAGCCUGACACUCAGCAUCGGGGCCCUGCUGCUCAUUCUGAGAACGAUCCUCCAGAACAAGAGGAAGAAAUUCUAGGAUCAGAUGAUGAUGAACAGGAGGAUCCAAACGAUUAUUGUAAAGGUGGCUAUCACCUUGUGAAAAUAGGAGAUCUCUUUAACGGGCGGUACCAUGUGAUCCGAAAGCUUGGAUGGGGCCACUUCUCCACCGUAUGGCUAGCUUGGGACAUCCAAGGGAAGAGAUUUGUAGCAAUGAAAGUAGUGAAGAGUGCAGAGCACUAUACAGAAACGGCACUGGACGAAAUCAAGUUGCUAAAAUCGGUCCGCAACAGUGAUCCAAAUGAUCCAAGUAAAGAGAGGGUGGUUCAGUUAUUAGAUGACUUCAAGAUUUCAGGAGUUAAUGGUUCUCAUAUCUGUAUGGUCUUUGAAGUUCUAGGGCAUCAUCUCCUGAAAUGGAUCAUCAAGUCAAAUUAUCAGGGGCUUCCACUCCCUUGUGUCAAAAAGAUCAUCAAACAGGUUCUUCAAGGUCUUGAUUACUUGCACACAAAGUGUCGGAUCAUUCAUACAGAUAUUAAGCCUGAGAACAUUCUUCUGUGUGUUAACGACCAGUAUAUUCGUAGGUUGGCUGCAGAAGCAACAGAGUGGCAGAGAUCUGGGGCUCCCCCACCAUCUGGUUCUGCAGUGAGCACUGCACCGCAGCCAAAACCAGCAGACAAAAUGUCAAAGAAUAAGAAAAAGAAGUUGAAAAAAAAGCAGAAACGGCAAGCUGAGUUGUUAGAGAAACGAAUGCAAGAGAUAGAGGAAAUGGAGAAGGAAGCAAGCCCUGGGCAAACACAGCCUGAAGAGGAGGAGGAAACUCAGAGCCCUCUGGAAAUGCUUUUAAAAGUUAGUCCGCCAGAUGAAGGAGUCAACAAAAAGACAGCUGAAGUCCUUGUUCAAGAGCAGUCUAUUCUAAUGGAAAGUAGUGUGGAAAAAUGCGUACCAGAAAUAAAUUGCAAUGGAGUGAUACAACUGACGGACUUCUCAGACUCUGGUAAUCAAGGGUCUGUGCGACUUGAGGAUGACCUUCAUAAUGCCAAUAACUGUGGCGAUCGCCCUCUCACGCAGAAGGAGGAGAGCUUCCGUGGUUGUAAUUACAAUCAACGUAACGGUGACUCAGAGACCAGGCCUCAAGAAGCAGUGUCGGACUCGUUCGUGCCCUUAGUUUCAGAAGAUUCCAUGGUUUGUCAGCCCACAUCGAGCGAAGAGCAAUCAUACAGCGAGCAGGAGAUCAGCCAUUUGCAGGAGAGCAUCCGGACCGAGAUACCAUCAGAGGAUGAGAAUGAGAAUAAUAGUCCCUCAGAGAACAAAGGAAAAUCAACUGCUGGGAAUUUCCUUCUUAAUCCCCUUGAGCCCAAGAAUGCAGAUAAGCUCAAAGUGAAGAUAGCUGACCUAGGAAAUGCUUGCUGGGUGCACAAGCACUUCACCGAAGAUAUCCAGACAAGACAAUACCGAUCCUUGGAGGUAUUGAUAGGAUCAGGGUACAACACCCCUGCUGACAUUUGGAGCACAGCAUGUAUGGCCUUUGAAUUAGCAACAGGAGACUAUCUGUUUGAGCCUCAUUCUGGAGAAGAUUACUCGCGGGAUGAAGAUCAUAUUGCAUUGAUCAUAGAACUUCUGGGGAAAAUACCUCGCAAGCUCAUUUUGGCAGGAAAAUAUUCCAAGGAGUUUUUCACCAAAAAAGGUGAUCUGAAGCACAUCACCAAACUGAAGCCCUGGGGCCUUUUCGAAGUUCUGGUGGAAAAAUAUGAGUGGUCCCAAGACGAGGCAGCUGCAUUCACAGACUUCUUAUUACCUAUGUUGGAGCUGAUCCCGGAGAAACGUGCUACAGCAGCGGAGUGUCUCAGGCACCCCUGGCUUAGCUCCUAGAGGCUUCAACCCAAUGCCACAGCACUACAUUCUGGUUUACAGCAUAGCAUACACACACCCAGCUGCCCCCUCCUAAAUCCAUUUUUUUUUUCUCCUUGUUCAUUUUCAGUGUGAAGUUCUUCCUUCAAGGCUUCCAAGAUUUUAGAUAAAUCUAACGUGUUCUGCUGAGUUUGCUUGUGUGACUCAAUGGGGACUCUCCUCAGCCAGUGGGCAUCAUCUGUGUUCUGCCUCGCUAGGGCUUUGCCAAAGACUAAUUGACUGGAAUAUGAAGUUUUUUCCUGAGUCUCCUCACUGUUAAACAGCACAUGCGGUAGAUGAGAGCUCAUCUGUGCUGAGAUAGCUCCCUUAACUAAAUUUCAACUGUCCUUUGCUCGUGAGGGGAACAUGAAGAUCUGAACUCAUUUCACUGACUCGGGAGUCAGUUUCCUGCUGUUUAUCCAGUAGCUGGUGAUGGGGUGAGAAGUAACAGAGGGCACCAAGGUGGUGUUAAUUCCAUGUAGAGCAAAGACCUUGAAAUCCUCCAUCAUUUUCUAGGUGUCUACUGUAUUCUUUGCUCUCCAGUCACAUAAUUCUUAUUUAGUUUUAGCUGCCUAAAUCUUUUUGAAAUGAACUAUUUAAAUCUAGAUUUUAGUAUCACUUAUUUCUUCCCCCAGCGUGCCCCUGCCCCUUUACUUUUUCCCCUCCCUGUGCCCAGAUAGUCAGAAUAGUUUCUAAAUUCAGCAGCAUUUAAUGAGUAUCUUCAAAUGCCUGAGCCUGUGACUAAAAGGUGACAAGGAAAAUGAGCAAAAGCUGGAACUGACUAAACGCACAAUCUUCGGCAUACAGAUGGGUGCGCCCUUUGGCUGCAGAGAGGUAGCCUUGUUGCAGGCAACUCUUCCAAUGUUUUAGUGAGCUGGUUUUUAUUUUUCACCCUAUACUGACACUUUUUGCCUUGCCUGAGAUGGUUGCUACAUCUGUGAGAGACCGCCUUUCGCUGAUUCGGUGUACUCUGGCUCUUACUUUUUGACCAUUUUGCUUUUUCCCAGAUGAAGGGUGGCAGCAUCUGUAUCGCAUCCAUGCUAUAGCCCUUGACUUGGAAACUCGACACUUGAAAGCCCAACUUUCUUUUAUGUUAACUUGCUUCAGGUGCUGGCCUUCAGAAAUAACUUCCCAGAAUGGGAUUGCCUUUCAUUUUCUGGGGCAUUAAUGCAAGGAGAGCUAACAGGUGGGAGAAAACUGGUUGACUUUUCCAUGCAGACAUCUAGAGAUGCCCGAAAUAAAAUGUUCUGUCGAUUUGCUGUAUAAACUUCUCAGAGGGGGUUGGAUGUAAUAAGUAAAUGGGUUAAUUUUAAUUAAGUUAAAUCACUGUGGCAUUUUGCUAGUUCUGUGAUGGCUUCUUCUAGACUUGUCCAUCCUUAUUACAGAUUCAGUGCAUCCCACUCUAAAGCAAGAUCUGGCAGUGUUGAGACUUCAGAGGUACUUCCUCACCCUGGACCAAAUAGGCCUUUGGAUUGAUGGUAGUUUUCAAAGGAUAGAAGUACCGCAGAAACGUACUGGAGGCCAAGCAGAUGCGCUCUGAGGUGAUGUGCUGCCGAAGCAGCCAAGAUGACUGUUACGUGUCACUCCUCUAUUUGUGUUUGAAAUCCUGGUUCGUGAGGAUUGUUCGUUCAUAAAACUUGAUGUCAUUUAAUCCACUUGAAAAGCAUUUCUCCAGUCCAGUGCCUGAUUUGGCUUAUUAAUGCAAUUCAUGCUGCAUGCUCCUUUAGGGAUAGGUCAGGUUCUCUAUGCAUAUAACGUAAAAUUAAAGGAAAGAAACAUGCAAAACAAUUUUAAACUGCUCACUUGACUCCCCCCCCCCCCUUUCAUCUGGAGUUUCCCCGUUCGGUGUUGCCUCCCUAUCUGUUACAGAGGGACUGCAGCCAGGACUGGAUUCUAGCAUACCUACUGUCUAAAUACUGUGAAGAUACAUUGACAGGGCAACAACUUCUGUUGUCGUCUUGGAAGCUCACCCGGUUCUGUGUACUUCAAACUGACCGAUUAGAGAAUUGUUUCUAGGAGGGGUCUGCACACUUCGAUGCUGAGGGCUUCUGCCCAUCUUUCCCUGCCCUCUGCCACCCUGACUGGAGGAGGAUGGGUUUUUUUAUUGAGAUAGCCAAGGCUAGAGCCAGCUUCGGAGUUGAAGACCCACAGGAUGAGCUGUCAGGAUUCAGUCUUGUACCUUGUGCUCGUUCACUUGGGGUUUGUUAAAUUUCCAAAUUGCCGUAAAGUGCUCGCACUAAAGGAUUUGUACUUGCUGUGUCAGUCUAAAACCUGAAGGAAAAUACAUUUUUAUUCUUUCUACUUGA